AUGAGUCUGGCAGAGGACCUUGACUAUGGCCUUUUCAAUGAGUAUAUAAAUGGUUUCAUGGUCUCCAAGGCUAUGUUUACGGCUUGUGAAUUGGGAGUGUUUGACCUCUUGGAAUCUGAAAAAUUUCUGACCUUCGAUGUCAUUGCUGAACGCUUAGGCACCAAUUCCCAAGGAAUGGAGCAAUUACUCGAUAUUUGUGUGACCCUGAAGCUACUAAAGGUGGAAAUGAAGAGAGAGAAAGCUUUAUAUCAAAACACGGAACUUGCCACCCUGUAUCUCACCAAGUCUGGCCCGAAAUCCCAGUACAAUAUGUUACUCUACAUGUCCAAAACUACCUAUUCAUGCUGGAAUCAUUUAACUGAAGCCAUAAGGGAAGGAAAAAAUCAAUAUAUGAGGACAUUUGGUAUUCCAUCAGAUGAUCUUUUUGAAGCUAUCUACAGGUCAGAGGAAGAGCUGGUAAAAUUCAUGCAUGGCCUACAUGAAAUUUGGAGUAUUAAUGGCAGAGAUGUGCUUACUGCAUUUGACCUUUCCCCUUUCCCUCUCAUUUACGAUCUUGGUGGUUGUUCUGGAGCCCUAGCCAAGGAGUGUAUCACCAUAUAUCCCGAAAGCCAAGUGACAAUAUUUGAAAAGGAAGAGGUGGUACAUGUGGCAAGAAAGCACUUUCCAUUCCUUGAGGAACCUCGGAUCAGUUUCCACAUAGGGGACUUUUUCAGAGAUCCCAUUCCUGAAGCUGAUCUGUAUAUUUUGGCUAGGAUCCUCCAUGAUUGGGCAGAUGAUAAAUGCAUACUAUUGCUAACAAACAUCCACCAAGCCUGUAAACCAGGCUCUGGAGUGUUAGUGGUUGAAACCCUUUUGGAUGAAGAUAAGAGGGGGCCUUUGACAAGCCAGCUCUAUUCUAUGAACAUGCUGGUACAGGCCGAAGGAAAGGAGAGAAAUCCAACAGAAUACCGCAAGAUCUUCACUCAGGCCGGUUUUCAAGAUUUUCAGUUUAAGAAAACUGGAAAAAUCUAUGAUGCUAUUUUAGCUAGGAAAUAA